GCAAAAUUGAGUGGUUGAAUGCGGCUGAGCAGCGUUGAAUUUCAGAGAUACGAUUAUACGAGAGAUGAUUUGUGGGAGAUUGUCAGCGCAUUGCUGAGUGAGCAUAACUGCAGCCUGACAGCCUGAGGUAUCAACACUCUUUGAAAUCCCGACGUCAUUCAGCUCCGCCAAUAAUUGUCUUCUCCUCUUAUCCAUCGGCCUUCGUUCGGACUCCUUCAAUCCAUUUUCUGGUAUUACAACCCACGAAUCUCUCGUUUGAUCCACGAUUCUUACCUUCAAUUGCUCUCAAUGCUCCCUCUAUCCCCCUCCCGUUCAUGAUUGCUUUUUCCUCUCGACCUCGAAUGAAAACAAUUCCUAUGAGCCGCUCAACCAUCUACCCGCUGACAUCUCCUGACUGAGACUGCUCGUCUCCUCUCCUCUCUCCUCUCCAUUCCUCCAACCUCAAACGUCCCAAAACCCACAAUGACCCGACCACGAUGGAUCCUCCACCUCCAAGCCUCUUUCUUCCGCAGCCUCAUGUCCAUCGGCAUGUUUCUCCACCGCCGCGCCUCCCCCUCCCCUCCUUCCCCUACCUUCACCCGCUCCCUCAACACCACCGUCUCCCCCCACCCCGGCCGUGUAAAGCUCCACUUCUACGCACCCAAAGGCUACGACGCCCACAUCAAACCUCAUCAGCGCCGCAGAAGGAGCGUCGUAAAGCGCCACCUGUACCCCGUCGUCGUCAACUUUCAUGGAGGCGGGUUCACCCUCGGUCAUCCGACGGACGAUGCGCGGUGGGCGGCGUAUGUGAUGAGCAGGGUCGGUGCAGUCGUCGUGUCGGUGGACUAUCGGCUCGCGCCGAAAUGUCCGUUUCCGACAGCAGUGGAGGAUGGGGUGGAUGCGAUGUUGUGGCUGGCGGACCAUGCGACGGAGUUGGAUCUGGAUAUCGAUCGGAUGGCGAUCAGCGGGUUUAGUAGUGGGGGGAAUAUGUGCUUUACCGUGCCGUUGAUGUUGCAGGAAUGUCUGCUCUACCGCGCGGUCUCUCGUCGCACUGCGGCAUUGUCGACAUUGGAGCUCGAGAAUGGGGAAAAUGUCAAGGUUGUCGAUACGAUUGAUGCGCCGACGGAUACCGAAAACUCAAUCGUCGACCCUCCGACCAACACCACAACAUCGAUGCUCAACCCCCCGACCAACCCCUCCCCCUCCACCUCCACCUCCUCCAUUGCCAAAGACCCCACCAAAAUCAUCAUCACUUCCCCCCUUGAACUCAACAUCCGCGGCGUCGUCGCCUUCUACCCCCCCGUCGACUACACCCAAUCCCGUGCCGCCCGCCGCGCCACCUGCAUCCGCCACGACCAGCACCUCCCUGCCCUCUUCACCAACCUCUUUGAUCGCUCUUACCUUUACCCCCCGACCCUCAACAAGGCCAACGCUUACCUCUCGCCCGCGCGUGCGUCCGACGACAUGCUCGCCGCGCUUCCGGAGGAAAUCGUCAUCGUGGCAGCUGAGUGGGAUAUGUUGGUGAAGGAGACGGAGAAGUUUCGGGACCGGUUGGCGGGGGAGGGGGGGUUGGGGAAGAAGGUGAAGUAUUGGUGUGUCCCUGGCGUGCCGCAUGCGUGGGAUAAGGCGCCGAAUCCGUUUAGGGAGACACCGGGGUUGGCCGAGUGGUAUGGGAGGUCGUGUGAUGAGUUAAAGAGGAUUUUGGAAUGAAGACGGGCACGGGAUCGUCGAUGAGAUGGUUUGUCUAUUUAAGUCUUUGAGCGUUUUCGGAGUUGACGGAGGAGGGUAUGAUCUGGUUCAUACCAGAUUCGGUAAAAAGGAUUUAUAUUGUUUAGGAGUGUUGUGAAAAUGAUGUUGCAUGACUAUUAUAGACGCAUAUCAUGGAUUUUGGAGAUAGAGGAUGAAGAUAUGCUCACGAGGAAUAUAAAUCCCAUUAUUAUCAAUGCUGCCAUCUGACUAGAU